AUGAAUCUGUUUACCUGCAAGGUUGCACUCGCAUCUGGCGGAGUGUCAACUAACAUUCCAAUUCCUGGUGACAGCUUCCCUGUCGCCAAGGAGCUCGCUACGUCUUUUCUGGAUGGCGGUCCUCCUGCUGUUUCCACGGAAAUCGAACUCGUCGCACUCUUUUUGGCGUACUGUAGCUCCCGUAACCCCGAUGUUGCCGUCGCCCUAUUUCUUCACUUCCACCAAGAAUUCUGUGCCGACGAGAAUAUCCAUGUGGUUGUCCAGCAGCUGAACCUGUCUGCUGAGCAAGCGCGAACCGUCAUGAAGGGGUAUUACUCGGUUUGGAACACCCUUGAGGCGCGUCAGUUGCUGCCCGAAGUCCCUGUUCCCGCUAUCAUUUCCGAUGCAAACAUCAGGCUUGCCGCUAUGUUUGGUAGUCCGGGCGGAGCAGACAGCUAUGUUGACGAAGCAGCAUGGCUUCUCGAUGUUUAUGGCCCGCUGUUGUCAGACUUUGUCGCUCAUAUGUCAGACUUCCUCAAGCGCGAAUCCACUGACCCCCUAUUGGCGAAAGCCCAUUCACGUCCACUGGACAUUGCUGGCUGGCUUGCUUCUCCCGACGCAAUGCCUGACGCCAAGUAUUUGCUGACUGCACCAGUUAUUACGCCCAUGCUAGGACUGAUUCAGGCGAUGCAUGUGGCUGUCUUGUAUAAGACGCUCAAUAUGAGCCCAGGCGACCUCGUCUCACGCUUUAAUGUUGCAAUUGGACACAGCCAGGGUCUAACCAUGGCUGCUGCCUUUGCUUCCGUGACUGACGAGGCAUCAUUCUAUGUUGUUACCGAGAAGGUGCUCGGUAUUCUUCUUGCAACAUCCGCGAUUGUCCAGCAAAAUUUCUCGUCAAACCCUUCGCAUGCAGGUGCACCGGGACUUUUGCUGCGUACUGAUGGCUUACCCGUGCCAAUGGUUUCUGUUCGUGGUCUAGCCCAAGAAACGCUAGAAUCAUUCAUUGCUGCGUUUAAUGGGGACUGCAUGGACGAGGAUUCGGAAGCAAAACGGAUGCCAUUACAUACUUUGCUAGGCACCUUAGAAAAACACACUGUGCCGCCAACAGAGGAUCAAUCGCGCGUCCGGUUCUCCCAGCGCAAGCCGGUAGCCGAUAUCAGCCCACUGAGCAUGUCGGUACCAACCCACUGCAAACUUCAGCUACAUGUUGCACCAAUUGUGUACGAGUUUGCGACUGCCAAGGGCUGGAUUCUCAAUCCUGACACUCUUCGUACUCAAGUCAACGCUGGCGUGGACGGACAUGACCUUCGUGAUGAAGUAGACCUUACCAGAUUCUUGAUCGAUAGUAUGUGCGUGUACCGUGUUGACUGGCCAACAACUGUCAACAGCGCCGAUGCCACAUUUAUCGUCGACUUCAGCCCAGGGACUUUCAGUACAUUCGGCAAACUCGCCAGAGACAUUCUCGACGGCUAUGGCAAAACCAUCAUCAGCACCAGCUCACCUACUCCAUGUACCAAGUCGCGCAUGGGAUCCAAGGCCGAUUUGUUCAAACGGAAUAUCUCCGACGUCUUCACAGUGCCAAGCUGGGAGAGUGCUUUCAGUCCAUGCCUUGUUCGAACCGCACAUGGCGGCCAGCUUCAUAUUCGCACCCGCAUGUCGCUCACUCUUGGACUCCCGCCUGUGAUGGUUGCAGGGAUGACCCCGACUACGUCCAACGAGCACUUUGUCGCAGCCAUAAGCAAUGCUGGAUACCAUGUCGAGUUUGGUGGUGGUGGGAUCUACACCGAAAAAGUGUUCAGGGAAAGGGUCGACAAUCUGGUUCAGCUCCUUGAGCCAGGUAACGGAUUCGCUGUCAACACGGUCUACAUGGAUCGGAAGCAAUGGGUGUUCCAGUAUCCCAGUAUCCUGCGUAUGCGGCGGGAAGGAGUACCGAUCACAGGGCUCUGUAUUGGCGGUGGUGUUCCCUCAGUUGACGUCGCCAACAGUAUAAUCGCGGAGUUGCGUGACGCGGGCAUACGCCAUGUUGCUUUCAAGCCCGGGUCAGUGGCUACAAUUCUCCAGGCGAUUGAAAUUGCCAGAGUAAACCCUGACUUCCCUGUCAUUAUCCAGUGGACUGGCGGCCGUGCUGGUGGCCACCAUUCGUGUGAAGACUUCCACGAGCCAAUGUUGGAAACGUACAGCAAGAUCCGGUCUCUGCCAAACACCAUCCUGGUCGUUGGGUCUGGGUUCGGCGACGCCGAUAGCAUUCUGCCAUAUCUCUCCGGCCAGUGGAGUGUCCAGUUUGGAUAUGCACCCAUGCCUGUUGAUGGAGUAUUGUUAGCUUCAUGCGUCCUCACUGCAAAAGAGAGUGCCAUAUCUCUGGAAGCAAAGGAGCUCAUUGCGGCAGCCACUGGCGUUGAGGAUAGCAAGUGGGAAUUAUCAUACACUGGUAAUGCCGGUGGAGUGAUAUCAGCAAUGUCAGGAUAUGGUGAGAUCGCCCAUUGUGUGGCUAAUCGCGCUGCACUGGCUCUCAGAGAGUUGAAUGACAUGAUCUUCACCAAGCCAUAUGCUGACCAGCUGCCAAUAAUCAUGGCAAACAAGGACCGUAUCAUAAAGCGGCUCAAUGAGGACUAUACACGGCCAUGGUUUGGCAUGAAGUCUGAUGGUCGAGUGGUCGAUUUGGAGGAGAUGACGUACCUGGAAGUGCUCAACCGACUUGUGGAGUUCAUGUAUGUCGCAGACAAAUCCAGGUGGCUGGAUGUGUCGUAUGUCAGACUGUUUGGUGAAUUUAUUUCAAGGGCCGAGGACCGUGUUUCCAAGAUGGAAAGCCGACGCGUAUUCCAACGCUUCGUCCAACUUCAAGACCCGCAUGUGAUUAUCAACCUGGCGAUUAAGGCAUUCCCAGAUAUCGGCCACACUCUUCUUGCGCUUGAGGAUGUCCAGUAUCUGGUCUGGCUUUGCAAGCGGUCUGGAACCAAGCCAGUCCCCUUCGUUCCUAUCCUCGACGCCGACCUGCAUGUUUGGAUGACGAAGGACAUCAAUUCACAAGCCGAGGAUUUGGAUACAGUUGUUGACAGAGAUGUCCAGCGCACUGUUAUUGCCUUGGGCCCUGUGUCUGCGAAGUAUGCCACCACAGUCAACGAACCGGUCAAGGAUAUACUCGACCGUGUUUACACCGGGCUAACGGAAAAGCUUAGCAUGUGCAAUUUCGAUAAGGAUCCAUCUCUAGUCCGUCCUUGCGAGUACCUUGCACCAGAGCCUUUUCCAGUAUCUCUCCCUACCUCAGCUGCAGUGGCUGUUGAUGAGUCAAGCCGCACAUACAAGCUCCCAACUGAUGCAGCACUGCUUCCAGAUCCUGAUGUAUGGCUGGAGGCACUGGCUGGUCCUACUCAGAGCUGGUUUCGUGCACUUCUCACAUCGCCAGUGGUGGUUCGCAAAUCACUGUACGCUUCAAAUCCAAUAAGGCAGGUUCUGCGACCAAUGGCAGGGCAAACAGCAGAGGUGUCAUUUGAUGGCGAUAGGCCGGUCAAGCUCGAUAUCCAUGGACCAACUGGGGUAUUGGACAUUCGCAUACAGCUCCAUGGUGAGAAGAAUAUUCUGAUGAUUAUUUACCAUCGGAUUGGCGAGGAGCAGUUUGAGAUCCAAUUCCCGUACAUCUACACGCCAUCCAAAUCGGCGGCGCUUAUUGCUGAAGAUACGCAUGGUCGGGAUAGAGCGUACUGUAGGUCAAUACUGAGUAUGCAUGGCAUCACAAGCGACCCUGGUUACAUCGUGUGUGAUGAUAUAGAACAGCACUUCACAGAUGCUGUGCUUAAGCCAUUCACUGUUACUGAAGACUUUGUUCGGAAGUACUGCUCUAGUGUUCACAACGCAUCAGAGUAUUACAAAAGGGCAGCCAGUGGAUCGUCUAUGGCUCCAAUUGACAUAUUCUUCAGCAUUACAAUCAAGCAGCUGACAUCUAUCUUAACUGGCCUGCCUUUGAACCAGGGGAUGAUGGGAAUUCUGCAUCUCUAUCACAACACAGAGUACGAACCAGGUGUGUCUCCACUGCAUGUGGGAGAUACAAUUUACUAUCAGAUGGUGCUGACCGCACUCGAGAAUGUUGAUCCUGGCCUAAGAAUGACAUUCACAUCAAGGUUUUACCGCGAUGGACUCCUCAUUGCUGCAUCUGAAGAUAUGAUUAUCUCACCUAACCAAUAUGUGGCAUACAGACAGACUUUCAGAUUGACUGAUGAACCUGUGCGACACAUGCUGAUCUUAUCGGAUGAGAAGGCCACUGUACUUGAAGCCAAAGAAUGGUUUACGUACAAGGAUACACUGGAGCCAGUAAAAGCCGUACCUGGGGAAGUCCUAGAGUUCAGGCUCCAAUCGUGUUACCGUUUCAAAUCAAAGGGACUGAUUUCGCAUAUCAAAACCUAUGGACCUGUAUAUCGGUUGAAACCAUACGGAGAGCUCGAACAUAUUGCCGACGUUUACUUUGAGACUACUGAUGUAUAUGGUAACCAAGUAGUCGACUAUCUCAAUCAGAACCAACACGUAGCCAGUGAUUCGGUACGUUUUGAGCAUGGCGGCGUCCCAAUCCGAUAUGCAGGGAAUGUUGAUGCCAUGUCUAUCAAAGCACCAUCUGAAAAUUGGGAGUUUGCUCAUGCUUCUGGCGAUCAGAACAUGCUCCAUACAAAUCCCUAUGUGGUUGCAUACAUCGGAGAAUCGGAGGUGAUUUGCCACGGCAUGUGGACCUCAGCUGCAACCCGCGCUGUUGUUGAGAGCAUUGUUGCUGAUAACGAUCCUAGGCGUAUGCGCUCGUACGAGGUCAACUUUAUCGGAAAAGUUUAUCCCAGCAAUGACCUUCAAGUAGAACUGGUUCACACGGGAAUGGCCAGCGGUUACAUGGUCAUCAAUGGCAAGACUGUAAACCAGAACCGGGAAACAGUGAUGGCACUCACAGCAGAGGUUGCCCAGGCAAAGACCGCAUAUGUAUUUACAGGCCAGGGAUCACAGUUCGUCGGCAUGGGGAUGGAUCUCUACGUAUCGUCCACUGCUGCCAGAGAUGUGUGGGACCGAGCUGAUAAGCACAUGCUGAAUAAGUAUGGCGUUUCCCUUUUGAAAAUUGUCCAAGAGAAUCCGAGAGAGUACUUGGUUAAGUUUGGUGGCAAAAAGGGUAAUCAGAUUCGCGCACAAUACCUCUCCUUGGAUGAUGCCAUUUUCGCUGGCCAUUCGCUUGGCGAGAUUGGGUCACUUGCUGCAAUUGCUGGGAUUGUUUCCGUCGAGGAUGCUGUGGACAUUGCUCUCUAUCGUGGACUGCUUCUCCAUAUGUCAGUAGAUCGCGACAUCAAUGGCUGCUCCGAGUAUGCGAUGGUAUCAGUCAGCCCUCAGCGUGCUGGGAAGCUCUUUGGAAUAUCCAACCUUCUCCGACUUGUUGAUCUUAUUUGCGAAAGAAAGCAGCAGCUCCUGGAAGUGGUCAACUACAACGUCCGUGGGCAACAGUAUAUAGUCACGGGACAUAUCGAGAGCUUAACUGCCAUGUGCAGGAUUAUAGACCGACUGUCUGCAGAGAGCAUUACGCUUGCUGAAAUUGAAGAAGGCGAGGAAAUAACAAAGACUAUCAACGGUAUUUUGAAUGAACAUCCUCAUACACGAGUAUUGCAAACUGGCAUCGCAACUAUUGCAAUUCCUGGAAUCGAUGCCCCUUCACAUUCAAGCCAGCUAUCAGCAAGUAUCAACACAUUCCGCAGGGUACUCGACAGCAGAAUUCCUCAUAUAAAGAGGCUUACUUCAUUGCUGUGUGGAAGAUACAUCCCCAAUCUGACCGGAGAACCCUUUGAAAUCACAAAGGAAUAUUUCGAUCGUGUUUAUUCCAUCACCCACUCACCAGUUAUUGAAGAUAUACUCCAAUACCGGGAAACAGAUGGUACCGAUACACUUGGUAACCAGGUAUACCUUGCGCGUACGCUUCUGAUUGAGCUCCUUUCAUUCCAGCUUUCCUCGCCAGUAAAAUGGAUUGAAACCCAAGAUUCGAUGUUCAAGAGCUGCUCGGUGAAGCGGCUGGUCGAGAUUGGCCCAAGGCCAAUACUAUGUCGUAUGGCAACACAAACUCUGGGUAGCAACAGCUGGCUCUGCGAAGAAGUCGCUAUUCUACAUGCAAGCAAAGAUAGAGAUGAUGUAUAUUAUAUAGCAUCUCAGACCGAAUAUGCUGAUAUAAAUACUGACCCUUUGUCGCUGAGGUCAGGUCAGAGCACAAGCAGCAAAUCAACUAAGCAAGAAGGAGCAUCCAAACCCCCCGGCCCUGCUGUGGAAGAGCAAGCGGCCUUGAAUCCAGUCCUGCCAGCUGCUAUAUGCUCUGUUGAUGACGUGCCAAUUCCAAUUGUUGAUAUUCUACGAGCAACAAUUUCAUGGAAGCUCUCCACAGCAAUCGCUAAAGUGUAUCCCACGAUGUCGAUCAAGGAGCUUGUUGCUGGGAAGUCAAUGGUGCAAAAUGAGCUUUUUGGAGAUUUCCAAAAGGAAUUUGGCAAGGGCCUACCUGAACAUGCCGAAGAGCAAACCUUGGAGGAACUUGCCAAAGUCCUUGGGAACUCUACAAAUUCUCUUGGUAAACACUCUCAGUCGCUUAUCAACAGGAUUUUUGUUGAGAAGCUUCCGAAUGGGUUCACACAGUCAGUUGCUCGUUCGUAUUUGAAGGACAACUAUGGCCUGGGUCCACGCAGACAAGAUGCUCUACUGCUCAUGUCGGUUACAAUGGAACCCUCCUGCCGGCUUGCAGAUGAAGAGGCAGCCCAAGUCUGGUUGGAGUCAGCAGCCCAGAUGUAUGCCAGCCACGUGGGUCUAUCACUGACAGCCACAGCACAAAAUGGGAAUAGAAAUGGUGCUAUGGCGGCCUCCGUUGUUAUUAACAGCGCUGAAUUUGACAAGGCUCAGAAGAACCAAAGAAGUCUCAUUCUUGACCAGAUCGAGACGCUUACUAAGCAUGUGGGUCUCGAUACGCGCCAAGGUACUAGAUCAGCAGAAAAGCUGCAGUUGGAGGUAGCAGUUCUCAGGUCAGAGAAUGACAAAGUUAAGCGUGAAUUCGGCAGCGGGUUGAUAGAUAAGGCCAACACACUAUUCGACGCAAACAAGGCUCGUCACUUUGACUCCUACUGGAACUGGGCUCGUCAGGAUGUACUGGAAUGGGUCUCUGGCAUUUUGGGUGGAGAGGAACCAGGAAUGGACCGUGCUACGUAUAUGAAACGUAUUCAUAUGCUCAAGAACCGGUCCAACCCUGGACUGCUCUCAAUGCUACAGGCAUUUAUUGGGACUCUCAAAGCAGACCCUUGCCCAUCUGCCCAACGUGCACUGAAGCAAACGGAGAUUAUCUAUGCAGCGUGUAGGGAGUCAGAAAAUGUGCCUCCUGUCUACAAAGAGCUUUCGACCCCACUGCGUCCUCAUACAGAGAUCACGUUCAGAGGUGAUAUCGACAGCUCAAGGAUGGGCUACCUCUGCUGUAUAUGUACGGUCGGCAGGCUGGAAACGCCUGGACAUAUAGCAAGGAGAUUUCUGAUGAAUACUUCAGUUCGAUGGAGGACGCAGCGGUUAACGGCAUAUCUUUUGAGGGCAAAUGUGCACUGGUUACCGGGUGUGGAAAAGGGUCCAUUGGCUCAGGAUUGGUUGAGGGCUUGCUAUCUGGUGGAGCCAAAGUGGUUGCUACAGCGUCCAAUUAUUCCCUGUCGUCAAUCCGAUUCUUCGAAAGAGAUGUACCGGAAGUUUGGUUCCCGCGGAUCUGAGCUGGUUCUUGUCCCCUUCAACCAGGCAUCAUCAUGCGAUGUAGAGGCCCUCAUCCAGUAUAUUUACGGCAAAGAUGGACUUGGGUGGGAUUUGGACUACAUUGCUCCAUUUGCUGCUUUCCCAGAACAUGGCAAAGAUGCAGGGAGCAUCGACUCCCACUCUGAGUUAACGAUUCGCAUUCUAUUGACAAACUUGUUCCGGAUAAUAGGACAGGUUAAGGCGGCUAAAGUAAGAACUGGAAAUACUCUCCACCCAUCGCUACUUGUGUUGCCACAUUCAUCCAAUCAUGGAAUAGCAGGAAAUGACGGUAUGUAUGGUGAAACGAAGGCAGCUUUGCAUACACUGUACAACCGCUGGCACACAGAAUCAUGGUCAGAGUACAUUUCAAUCACUGGUGGUGAAAUUGGAUGGACCCGCAGCACGAAACUGACAUCUGGAAGUGCAAAUGUGUAUGCAGCCAUGGAGGAAAUGGGCAUGCGUACGUUCUCUCGUGAGGAAAUGUCGUUCAACAUACUUUGCCUGCUAUCACAAGGGAUGGAAGAGACAGCGCACAACAAUCCUGUGUUUGGCAACUUCAAUGGAGGGUCAUAUUCUAUUGAGACAGUGGGCAAGGAGUUAUCGAAGCGGCGCUCAGUGCUGAUAGAAGCUGCCAGAUUAAGGAAAGCCGCGCACUCGGAUGUGUGUGCAGUGUAUCUCACUGAGCAGAAAGAGGAUUCUGUGACAUUGUCAUUUGUAAACAAGACGAUACCACGUGCUCAACACAGGGUUGACUCCCCGGCUGUAAAAGAAUACGAGCAACUCGACCACCUUAGACACCUGGAGGGCAUGGUUGACUUGGACAAGGUUGUGGUUGUGACAGGAUUCGGUGAAGUUGGUCCAUUUGGGAAUGCAGCCUUGCGCUGGGAGCAGGAGGCAUAUGGUGUGUUCUCGAUGGAAGGCUGCAUUGAGCUGGCAUGGAUGAUGGGGCUGAUCAAAAGGUUCUCUGGCGACCAUCCGGGAACAGGGAGUCACUAUACUGGCUGGGUUGACGCAAAAACACAAGAGCCAGUGCACGAUAUGGAAAUGAGGGCAAAGUACGAGCCGUAUAUCUUGGAACAUACCGGCAUUCGUCUUGUUGAACCAGAAAUUUGGGGUGAGAAGGAUGUUGAUAUGAAGUCCUUCAUCCGCGAACUUCAGAUCGAUCAGGACAUGCCUCCUUUCGAGACCAGUGCAGAGGAGGCUCUUCAUUUCAAACAGAGAAAUGGCGACAAGGUUGACACAUGGGAGAACCCUGAUGGAACAUGGUCGGUCAGACUCCUUAAAGGCACUGUAAUCCAUGUGCCAAAAGCAAUCGGUAUUGGACACACUGUUCUUUCUCAAACACCGACCGGGUGGGAUCCAGUUCGGCUAGGAAUACCAGAGGAUCUCGCACUGAAUAUGGACGAUGCGAACCACUAUACCCUUAUUGCUACAAUGGAGGCGCUCGUCAGAUCUGGCAUUACAGAUCCAUAUGAACUCUACCAGUACUUCCACGUUUCAAAGGUCGGGCACGCGAUAGGCUCUAGUGCGGGUGGGGCAAAAACCCUUGUUAAUGUGUUCCGCAACAGAUAUCUAGACAAGAAUGUGAACUCGGACAUGAUGACUGAAUGCACCGUCAAUCAUAUGAGCGCAUGGCUCAAUAUGCUUCUAUUUUCGGCAUCAGGUCCACUAAAACCGACUGUUGGCGCAUGUGCCACUUCGGCCAUCGCGCUAGACCUUGCUGCAGAAUCGAUUAUCCAGGGUAAAGCGGAUGUCAUGAUCGCUGGUGCAGGAGAAGGGUUCACGAACGAUACCUCAUUUGAGUUUGGUUUGAUGAAUGCCACAGCAAGUGCCAGGGAUGAGCUAGUAAAGGGGAGAAUCCCUCAGGAAAUGUCACGGCCCUGUACAUCUACCAGAAGCGGGUUUGUUGAGAGUCACGGCUCGGGGGUUGCUGUUUUGAUGUCAGCUACUGCGGCGCUUAAAAUUGGAGCGCCUAUUUAUGGGAUUUUAGCAAUGUCCGCCACUGCUACCGACAAGUCGACCCGCAAUUAUAGCGCCCCGGGCCAAGGGAUACUGUCCAUUGGAAAGGAGAACCCCACCCCAUCGGACCUGCAACUGCUUGACAUCCAUUAUAGGAGGCAGAUGCGUGAUAGGCAAUUAGCUGCGCUUGAGCAGUUGGGUAACACUGGCGUAGCGAAAGAUAUAAGACAAACAGCUAAAACGACAUGGGGUAAUGAUUUCUACAAGAUGUGCAAGUCGACCUCGCCCCUUCGUGCUGCGCUAGCGACAUGGGGUCUUGGCGCAGAUGAUAUUGGGCUGGCGUCAUUCCACGGAACAUCGACAAAGUUGAACGAUGUAAACGAGUCGAACAUUGUGAACAUGCUCUUGAAGCACGUUGGACGCACGCCUGGUCUUCCGGUUCCAGUAGUUUGCCAAAAGUGGAUCCUUGGUCAUACAAAGGCCCCAGCAACGAGCUGUUCAAUGCAUGGCAUUCUUCAGUCAAUGACAACAGGACUCAUUCCGGGGAAUAGGAAUGCGGACAAUAUCGAUGACGAGCUGGAGCAGCACGAACACCUUGUAUACCUGAGCAAGACUAUUCGUGCGCCAACUAUCAAGGCCGCGCUGUUCACGUCGUUUGGAUUCAGCCAGUCCAAUGGAGCGGGGCUUAUCGUUCAUCCGGACUACCUAUUCGCAACACUUUCAAAGGAGGAGCUGGUCGAGUACACAACUAAAGUCGAUGAGCGCAUGAAGAGAUCGACCCGCUACUGGCAGGGAGCACUUCUUGGAAACCACACAUAUUUCCAGGCAAAGGAAGAGCCCCCGUUCUCACAGGAACAGGAGGCAUCUGUGUUCCUGGAUCCUGGUGCAAGGGCCAAACUUGACUCGAAAACCAAGCAGUACACAUUCUGAACAACUC